GAACAGCAACGAUAGAGAGUGAAAGUGAAGAGCAGGAAGAGAGAGAGAGAGACGGUGGAGGAGACUAGGCUGUGGCGGCGGCUGUGGUUGACCGGGGUUCGCGGAGGGGGCGAGGCGGCCGCCCCUGUAUGCGUCUUCAUCCGCGCAUGGACGACCACCUCAGCCUCCUACAAUCACCCCCGCCGAGCGCAACCAAAACCCGGGGCGACAACCUGGUGAACCACGGAUACACCGAGACAGAGGCCGACGUGAUGACGGUUGUGGCGUGUGACAACAUGCUGGAAGAGUCUGCGGCUCUCCCGGGCCACCACUCUCUGGACCGUUAUGAACCGGAUCACGAAUGCUGCGAGAGGGUGGUUAUCAACAUCUCAGGGUUACGCUUCGAGACACAACUCAAGACUCUCUCGCAGUUUCCAGAGACGUUGCUGGGGGACCCCAAGAAGAGAAUGAGGUACUUUGAUCCUCUCAGGAACGAGUACUUUUUCGAUCGGAACCGACCCAGUUUUGAUGCCAUUCUGUAUUACUACCAGUCUGGUGGGCGCAUCAGAAGACCCGUAAACGUGCCCAUUGACAUUUUUUCUGAGGAGAUCCGCUUCUAUGAGCUGGGUGAGGAGGCUAUGGAGAAGUUCAGAGAGGAUGAGGGCUUCAUAAAGGAGGAGGAACGGCCUUUGCCAGAUAAUGAAUUUCAAAGACAGGUGUGGCUGCUUUUUGAAUACCCAGAGAGCUCGGGUCCCGCCCGGGGCAUAGCGAUAGUGUCUGUCCUGGUCAUUCUCAUCUCCAUUGUCAUCUUCUGCUUAGAGACAUUGCCGGAGUUCAGGGACGAGAAUAGGGAUCCGAUAACUAUUGCGCCUGUGAUAAAUGGCACACUCCCAUAUUUCAUCAGCCCCUUCUCUGACCCAUUCUUCGUGGUGGAGACGUUGUGUAUCAUCUGGUUCUCCUUCGAGCUGCUGGUGCGCUUCUUUGCAUGCCCGAGUAAAGCCACGUUCUCAAAAAACAUUAUGAACAUUAUUGACAUCGUGGCCAUCAUCCCCUAUUUCAUCACCCUGGGUACAGAGCUGGCAGAGAGGCAAGGAAAUGGACAGCAGGCCAUGUCAUUAGCCAUUCUGCGCGUAAUUAGGCUUGUUCGGGUGUUUCGCAUCUUCAAACUCUCGCGUCACUCCAAGGGGCUUCAGAUUUUAGGACAGACUCUAAAGGCCAGUAUGCGUGAACUGGGCCUGCUCAUCUUCUUCCUAUUCAUCGGUGUCAUCCUCUUCUCCAGUGCUGUCUACUUUGCUGAGGCAGACGACCCAGAUUCGGGUUUCAACAGCAUCCCGGACGCAUUCUGGUGGGCUGUUGUCACCAUGACCACCGUGGGCUACGGGGACAUGCACCCCGUGACAAUCGGGGGGAAGAUUGUGGGGUCUCUGUGCGCAAUCGCCGGUGUGCUGACCAUUGCUCUGCCUGUACCUGUCAUUGUCUCCAAUUUCAACUACUUCUACCACAGAGAGACUGAGGGCGAGGAGCAGGCACAAUACCUGCACGUGGGCAGCUGUCAGCCUCUGGCAGACACAGAGGAGCUGAGGAAGACUCGCUCCUCAUCCUCACUCAGCAAGAGCGAGUAUAUGGUGAUAGAGGAACAUGGGAUCAACAGCGCGUUCAAACAGCAGCCCAACUUCCCCACCAACACACAGAACAACUCGCAGAAUUGUGUGAACAUAAACAAAAAGAUUUUCACCGACGUGUAGCCAGUAUUAGUCUCAUGGCCCUGAACACAGGAAAUGGGUGAUGUGUCAACACACAGCUGGUUCUGUUGUUGCGCACCAGUGUGUUGAAGCAGUGGUAGAUCAGAUUAAGAAAAAAAGGAAUAAAGAGAGAGAGAAAAAGAAAGAGCAAACCCUGUCUGUUCAGAGACGCUGCUUUGUGCUCCAUUCAAAGAAUCAGGAUUUUUCAUUUCAGUGAUCUGAAUUCAUAAUUCUCUUCCAUUCGCGCCUGGAGAGAAAGAGCUCCUUAAAGUAUUAGGCCUGCUAUUCCUUUCUGAGUGGGGGAAUUGACCUGUUGUGCAUUGUGCAAUAGCCAGUAUAUUAUCACAACAGGUAGAAAUAGACGCUUUAUAACUGUGAAAGAUGACUGCAAAUGUAUGCUAUACUCGAAGGACACUCACAUUGUAUUAACAUGCGUUAUGAGUCGUGAUUCGUCAGUCAUAGCCUGUGUAUAAUAUUCAGAAUCAUUUAAAUAUGUGUGUGUGUUUAAACACAUGUAAUGUAUUAAAAACACAGUUCAGCAUAUAUUAUCUCAAUUAGACCGUUCUGUGCUCUGCCUUUAUUGUGCGUUAAAGUCUAGUCCAAAUGCUACUGUCUUUAAAAUCAAUCCCCUAUAAUUCCUUGAUAUUAACUGUCCUGGUAGCUAUUUAAUGCGUAAACGGCACCAUGUAAACACAGGGGCCAGCCGUCUGUCAGUGUGUCAUUAUCGACGCAAGACACACGUGAGAGAGGAGCAACACAGAGCUCUUUCACGCACACAUACAGCGAUCAAAGAUGGAGCGCGCUUUUCUUUGGAUGCCUCAAAUAUAGCCCGCUGUGAUGCAGUCUCCAUGGCGACGGUCGUUUCCUCGGUAACCCCAGUCACCGUUGCCAUGGCUCCUCUGUUUCCACAGUAACCUCCCAGAUGGCUUGGAAGCUAUAUUGAAGAUUAUCAUCUAAAUAGCUUGUCUCCAGUCUGUAAUAAGACUGUUUUGUCAUCACGUGCGCAUCACUCUGCGUGCGUAAAAUACAAGCCAAAGCAUGCCAGCGCCACUAUCGCCAAUCAACGAGCCCACUCAGUGAUUUACAUUGACCCAAAGACAAAUUGGAGUAAGGAGGUCUGUUAUUAAAUUGCCACCAUGUACUGCCCCCCCAAAAAAACGAACCAGGCUCAACUGGUGCUAAACCCGAGAAGCGGAAGGAGAGGCAGAGCAUAAGGAAUUAUGAAUGGACUGGGAGCACAUUGUGUCUGGCUGUCCUGAGUGCGCUACUGCGGGCUAUCAGCAGAGGCUGCUGUUCUCCCACUGAUAACAUUGGUGAAAGCUGUUCCAUUUUUCUUCUCAGACCUCCUGGAACCCCCGAUGACCCCAAUCAGACAGCCUCCCAUACAGGGAUGCUAUAACUCUG